AUGAAUGCUGGAAGAAGAAAUGCAACUGUUGUCACAGAAUUUAUCCUUCUGGGUUUUGGACAUUUUUCUGAGCUUUAUAUCCUUUCUUUCCCAACAUUUUUAGUUAUCUACAUUGCAGCCAUGCUGGAAAAUCUCCUCAUUGUUGUUUUAGUUAUCUCUGAUCAGCAUCUUCAUACACCCAUGUACUUCUUUCUGGGGAACUUGUCCUGCAUGGAGAUUUGGUACAUCUCAAAUAUACUGCCCAGGAUGUUAGCCAAUUCUUUUUCCUUAGAGAACACUAUUUCCUUCAGUGGCUGCCUUACACAAUUCUUUUUCUUUGGCUUUCUGCUAGGUACAGAGUGUUGCCUCUUGUCAGUGAUGUCUUAUGAUCGAUAUGUAGCCAUAUGCAGACCACUACAUUAUAAAACCCAUAUGACUAACAGAAGAUGUCUCUCAUUAAUGGUGGGUUCUUGGCUGAGUGGAUUUCUUGGAAGCACUUUAAUAACAACUUUGUUUCUGCAGUCUGCUUUCUGUGGCCCCAAUGAAAUAGAUCAUUUCUUUUGUGAUUUUGUCCCCUUGGUAAAACUUCUGUGUAACGACCCUUCCAUAAUUGCUUUACUAACCUUCCUCCUCUCCUUUAUAUUCACUUUGCCUCCUUUUCUACUGACUUUGUCAUCCUACAUUUGUAUCAUAUUCACCAUCUUAAGAAUCCCAUCUGCUACUGGAAUGCAAAAGGCCUUCUCCACGUGUUCUUCUCAUCUUAUUGUAGUGACAAUUUUCUAUGGAAGUAUAAUAACUGUGUAUCAGCUCCCAAAGAACAGUACUCUGGAUAAUUUGAACAAAAUCUUCUCUCUUUGUUACACUAUAUUGAACCCGAUGAUCAAUCCUCUCAUAUACAGCCUGAGGAACAGAGAGGUAAAGGAGUCCCUUAAGAAAGCACUCUGCAGAAAUAUGUAUUUGUCAUCAAAACCAAAAUUAAUUUUAGGUAGCUCUAAUUUAUGA